UUCUCUCUUUAAAUUAAAAAGAAAAUAAUGUACUCAUACAAUCAGCAACAAGUAAGUAUAUAUAAAAUAAAAAGUUUAUAUUAAAUAUAGUAAGUAUUUUGAAUAUGUACUCCUCCUCCCUUUUUUUUUCUUACCUUCUUAAUACCAAUAAUCAUCAAUAUACAUAAUUAAAAGCGUCCUCCACCUUUUAAUAAUUAUCAUCCACCAUCACAGCAAUAUCCAAUUCAUAGACAGUCAACAAUGUCUUCUACAACCACAAACUCUUACAAUCCAUCAUUACAAAGAAGCAAUACUUUUACUCCUAUGGUUAAUAAAAGGGAACAGUAUUUAUGGAGUGUAUUUCGAAAGGUAGAUGCAGAUAAUUCUGGAUACAUCACAGUAAAUGAAUUACAAGCAGCAUUAGUAAAUGGUGAUUGGAGUCCUUUUAAUAUAGAAACAGUUCGAUUAAUGGUUAGCAUUUUCGAUACUGACAAUAAUGGCUGUAUUGACUUUCGUGAAUUUCAAGGUUUAUGGAAAUAUAUUGAAGAUUGGAGUGAAUGCUUCAAGAAAUUCGAUCUAGAUAACUCGGGAAGUAUUGAUCGCUAUGAAAUGAGCCAUGCAUUAAGAACGUUUGGAUUUAAUGUCAGUGAUAGAUUUGUUGGAAUAUUAAUUCAAAUAUUUGAUAAAUAUGGACAUGGAAACAUUACAUUUGAUAAUUUUGUCCAAGCAUGUGUUAUAUUAUCAACUUUAACAAAGUUGUUUAGGGCAAGAGACUAUGAGGGUAGAGGAUCUAUUAUUAUAAAUUAUGAAGACUUCAUGACUAUGAUUAUAAGUAGUAGACCAAACAUGAAAGGAAGUUAAUGCAAUGUUGUAUUAAGUCAACAUACUCUCUCUCUCUCUUUUAUUAUUAUUUCAUUUCAUUAUUAAAUAAUAGCCUUUUAUAUUCCAUAUACAUACAUCUAAAUCAAGAGGAUGCAUGUUAAUAUUUUAUUUUCUUGUUCAAAGUUAUUUAAAAGCGCUUUUAUUAUAUAUCUCCUUAUCUAAUGCUAUAAUAAAUACUAUUAAAAAAUAAAAUAAAA